AUGACUUUCGCAAGACCAGUUAUAGAAACAAAAAAUUUGAAUACCAAUAACAACAGCAGCUUCAACAACAGCUUCAACGGCAAUGGCAACGAUAAUAAAGGAUACAUCAAUGGCAACCACAUAGACGAGAUAAAUAUCGGAAAAUCAGACAACAACACAUGCAACAACAGGAUAGUGACCGAUAGUUUUAAUAACAACGGAAACGGAAAUAAUGGGUCAUUCAAUGGAAAUAGCAUUGGUUGUGUGAACGUUGGCGAGGGAAAUUUGAACGUUAAUGCGACUAAGAACAAUGAUACGAUGAGCUUAAGUGUUGCUUUUAAUAUUUUAUCUGUUUAA